AUGGGAACGUUAGCGCCUGGAAUUCUAUUGAAGCUUCUCAGUGGGAUGAAUUCAGGGGUGAAGCCGACAAAUCUUGAUGAAAAGAGUCUAUGGCCAAAGCACGGAUUCUACAUAAAGGUGUCUGAUUCUUCUCACUCGAUCUAUGUUAGUCUACCUUUUGAACAAGAUGAUCUUGUUUUCAGCAACAAAAUGCAGCUGGGACAGUUCAUAUACGUCGAGAGAUUGGAGCCUGGAUCCCCUGUUCCAGUCGUUAAGGGAGCGAAACCACUCCCUGGGAGACACCCAUUAGUCGGAACGCCAGAACCGCUAAUGGGGUUGAGAGAAAAGGGAGAGAAAAGUGAGCAGAGAGUCAAUUCAAAACACUCUGCUCAUAGAAGAGGUUCUUGGGGAACAGGGCAAAAUGGAACAGAUUCGCCUAUGGCCUUGAAGCCAGUUCCUUUGGAUUUUGAUCAGUGUACACCAAUAAAACAGAGGCCUACUUCGGUUAGAAUUGGGGGUAAUCUUCCAAUGUCACCAAUGAUAAGAGGGAGAAUGGUGAAGGAUGGAAGUUCAAGUGGAGUUAGGUCUUCGGUUGGUGGCGCUCUGUUGUCUAAAAUGGUGGACUUGAAAGGGGAAAGCCCUGCAUUGUUGAGGAAAAGUUGUGUUACCCCCUCUAUUACAAAAUUUCCAAGGAGCAAGAGCGUCUGUGACAGAGAGGCUAGGAUCCCCAGAAGUCCCUUCAACUUAGCUGUAG